ACUUAUUCAGUACCAAUAAGAAAAUAAAUCCGCUUCUCUGUAUUACUUUGGUUGAUACGGCAAGGACAGCAAGGACCGCGUAAAAAGUAGCCAAAAGUGAGAAUAUCCAUUCGGAUCAUUUCAUACGUCGUUUAAUACAGCUCAGUGGUAGAGUACAAGAAAUAAGAAGAUAUAUAGAAAAGGUUGGCUGUCCCUGACUACAAGCAAUUACGUCCACAGAAUGCGUGAAGUCGUUCGCACUUUGUCCAGUGUAUCGUACCAGUCCUCGGCUAAAGCUCAUGAGUCCCCGCAAGAUUCUUCAUCUACCGAGGACCUCAAAACAAUCGGUCGCUUGAAAGAGGAUGAAUCAAAAAGAACCAGAGCAGACAAUACUAAAGCUUGGCUUCAGGGGCCAUUAUCUCUCUCUAGAAAAGGAUGUCGUUUUGAGUUACCCAUGGACAUGAAACUGUUAGAGAAGCUUACACCACUAGAAUACGUUUCAAACUACUGUCGAAUUAACAGCCGAAGAAAAACACUUUUUAGACAUUACUUCAUGAAGAAUGACAAGGAUAAAGAUGGGAAUGUAAAUCACCGAGAAUUACUAAAAGCACUGCGAGAAUUGUACGCGCAAAGUAUCUCGGUCCAACAGGUUAACGAAAUCCUUCAUUCACUUGGUAUUGAAAAAAUGUGUAAAAAUGUAACACUUAAUAUGUUUCUGGCUAUAGCAGCCUUCUCCGAGAGGUAUCUGUACAGCUUCUUGAACAACACCUCCGAGUAUCAAGAAGAGAAAAGAACGGUGCUUGAGGAAACAGACUUCGGAGCUUUGAGAUGGAAGCUUGAAGGAUGCGCUGUCAGCGACGAAAUGAAGAACAUACUAUGUGUUCUAUAAGAACUAAACAUUUUUCAGUUAAAUAUUUUGCUAUAUCUAUUUAAKUUCUUUAUUGAAAUUGACAGGCAGCCAGGAUUGAUGCCGUCCGAUAGCGCAAUCGAACACAACGUGACUUUUCAUUUGCGUUUUUAAAUCUUUUUAGCUUAAGGGCCCUUUACAAGUAAGGAUGGUAACCCUAUCACCAGGAUACUCUAGCUUCUACAUGGUGUCUCUUUAUAUCUUUUCGUUGUUUCUCCCUGCUCCGUACCCCAGUCUCUGCUCUAAAGGGCUGGUUCUCUCUUCCUCCUUAUGACGCGAUUACGUCACUGCUUGCUUUUCCGGGGGAUUGUGGGAUACAAUUAAAAAUGUGAAAUUUUAGGCUUUCCCAGGCCAGCUAUGACAAAUAGCUCACGAAUCGUAAAUUAUGUAGCUGUUAGUAAAAAUUGGUUUAUAUUCGUUAUCACGCUUAGAAAUAGGCCUUAGAAUACCACAAUAAUUGUUUUAAAAUUUGUAGGAAUUUGGUUAUUGCUAACGCCGGGCUUAUAAAAUAAACUUUUGGUUUAA